AUGGCGUCGGGACCGCCGGUAGUAGACGUCGAGAAGACGGCCGAGGCCGUCGCUACCCGCACUUCGCAGUCGGACCUGGGGAGCCACAAGAACGAGGCCGCCGUCAGCAGCAGCAGCACCGUGCCCGAGGUGCACAUCCCGGCGCCGAGCAAGCUGCGCCAGCUCAAUGCGCGCAUCGAGGGCCUCUCGGGCUUUGAGGCGCGCGGCAUCACGCGCGUGGCGCCCGAAGAGCGCAACCCGCCGUCGCUGUGGGACGACGUCUCGGUCGCGCUGCUGUGGUUCUCGGCCAACAUCUCCAUGAACAACCUCGCCGUGGGCCUGUUCGGCCCGCUCGUGCUCCAGCUGGGCUUUCUUGAUAGUGCUAUGUGUGCUGUCUUUGGCGCCCUGUUGGGGUCGCUGUCGACGGCGUACAUGAGUAUUUGGGGUCCGCAGAGCGGGAACCGCACCAUGGUUGUGUUGCGUUACUUCAUGGGGUACUGGCCAGCCAAGAUCCCCACCGUGCUGAACAUCAUUCUUAUGGUCGGCUACUGUACGAUUGAUGCCAUUAUCGGAGGCCAGAUGCUCUCCGCCGUCAAUGGCGGCGGCAUGUCCAUCGUGGUUGGCAUCAUCGUUGUCCAGAUCAUCAGCUGGAUCGUCGCCGUGUUUGGAAUGAAGUUCUUCCACGUCUACGAACGAUUCGCCUGGAUCCCACAAAUCCUAGUGCUCUUCAUCCUGAUCGGCGUAGCCGGCCCCUCGUUCGACGCCACGGUCGAGUCCGUAGGCGACGCACGCGUCAUAGCCGCCAACCGCCUGACUUUCCUCUCGCUCUGCCUCUACGUGCCCAACUCAUGGGGUGCCGCCGCGUCCGAUUUUUACGUCUACUACCCCGAGAAAACAUCCAAGCUCAAGAUCUUUCUCAUGACCCUGACAGGGCUCUGGCUGUCCUUCACGCUCGUCUUCCUGCUCGGCAUCGGCCUCGCGACGGGGCUGACGCACAACGAGGCCUGGGCCGAGGCUAACCACGUCUCGACCGGCGCGCUGCUGGUGGCCGGGUACGGCCCGCUCGGCGGCUUUGGCCGCUUCUGCGCCGUCGUGCUCGCCCUGGGCGUCAUCGCCAACACCAUCCCGGGGACGUACGCGGCCGCGCUGGGGUGCCAGGUCAUGGGCCGGUACGGCAAGGCGGUGCCGCGGUGGGUGUGGUCGUGCGUGCUGAUCCUGGUCGAGCUCGUGCUCGCGCUGGCGGGGCGCGAGAGUCUCUUUGGCAUCAUUUCCAACUUUGUCGCCCUCAUGGGCUACUGGAUGGAGUUUAUGGUCUUUAUCGUGCUGAUGGAGCACCUUGUAUUCCGCCGCAGGGGCGGCGUAGGCUUCGACUGGGCCCGCUGGGAGGACAAGGCGUACCUGCCCAUUGGAUACGCGGCGCUGGUGUCGUUCCUGCUCGGCUGGGCCGGCGCCAUCCUGGGCAUGUACCAGGUCUGGUAUACGGGACCGCUCGCCGUCAUCUCGGGCCCGGCCGACGUCGGGCUCUGGAUAGGGACGGGGUUUACCAUCGUUUCGUACUUGCCGCUCCGCUGGCUGGAGUUGAAGUUUGUUGGGCGAUAG